UAUCUCAUUCUUUAGUCAUUUGUUUAAUUAAAAUUUGAUUUUUAUUGUUAUUAUUACCAUUAUCGAAAUGAUUAUGUCAAAGUUGUCGUGCAACGCUCUCACAAAAGGUCCGAAAUUCCUUCUGGCCGAUGACACUGAUUUCCAAUGCAAACAAACCGUCUUAAGCUUGAGGAAGAACCUCCCCAUUCUACCUAACUAUCAGAAACCGAAAGAGGAAAAGUCAUACUCGUUGGACAACCAAUGGUAUCCCCACUGCAACAGCUAUUACAAUUAUACAGAAGAUGUGGACGCCUUCGCCCGCGUCCACCACCUUUUGAACAGAAAACCGUCCAUUCUCUCCUUAAAUUUAUCCGAAGCGGACGACUUAAGUCACUUGGGCACGUACACCGAACGUGACGCCCAACUCAGAUACUUGUCCACAAAUCCGGUGAGUUUUUUGAUAAUGGGCAAGCCAGAAAUCGGGCAGGAGAGUCUUGGCAGAAAACUGGCUGAUUACUGGGGUUGCGUCUAUUUGGAUCCCGAAGUUCUUAUCGAAGACGAGAUUGUGAGCGGUUCCAGAGCCGGCCAAUGCAUCGAGUUUAAUUUGCGUUGCGGUCGAGCUAUCGGUAUUGACGUUAUUUUAAGACUGUUGGAGAAACGGGUCAAAACUCAAACAAUAGAGCAUCGGGGUUUUGUGCUGGUCGGUCUUCCGGUUAUUCCCAACGAGUUGUAUCGGGAGGAUCCGGUGUCUUCAGAGGCGGCUAUAUUUACGGUGAAAGACAUCUUCGAUGAUUUACUAGAGGCGACGAUAGAAAUAGGGGUAGCCCCCAGCAAGCCCCAUGUAUCCAUUUCAUCGAAAGUUAAGGUGAAGGAUAUGGAGGACUUGGAAGGAGAGGAAAUGAUGGAGAUGGUUGGAGAAGAAGCGACUAUAAAAGCCUCUUCAGUAAGGACAGACUACUCAGACGACGCUACUGUUAUGUUAAAUCGUGAAAAAAUGGAUUUAGGUUCGGUCUCUUACAGCAUCUGCAACGAACCGGAGAUCGGCACCAAUUUUGAAGAACAAUUAAACUUUAUUUUUAAUCUAUUUCAAGAACCGUUUAUGUUUGUCUACAUAACUUGUCCGAUGGCUGACGUUAUCAUGAAACGAAGUCGGUAUCGGUACAGUGUUCGCACUCAUGAAAAUUUAGAUUUGCUCAAAGACAAAAUCGAUCAGCAAAAUCCACUUAUCGAACAACUCGUUCUAUUGCCACGCCAUUUUCCGGUGAACGUCCAAAGUCAACUAGAUAAUUAUCGGUCGAUCGCUGCUAGUGCGAUAGACAGAAGAGUACUUUUGCAUAAUCCGCAGUAUUACCUCCGGUUAGACGGUAGAGUUUUCCCCAGUAAAAUGUACCAAAUCGUUCUCGCCAAACUGGAAAUCCUUCCUCUUACCAAACCGUUAAUACCGCUGAAUCUCAGCCAGAUGAAAGAUGAAAUGACCGUUCUACUGGGUGAAGACCUGGGUAAACCGGACGAUUCCAAGUGGGAAGUUACACCCGAAGAACGUUUCAAGGAACUGCGAACUUUCAACACACCGGGAAAUCCAUUUGAGUGGGGUGUUUCGGACUGGGGAAUGCUGUGUCCCGUUUCGAUGAAAGAAGGAAAUUACACUAGAGGCAGUUCGCGAUUCGCCACUCAGUUCAUGAACAAAAUUUUCUUCCUGCACGACGACGAGGCCUUCUACAAGUUCUACAAGAAUCCACGGCCGUAUCUCCUGCCCCCUUUUCCUAAAAGCAGCUGCAGACUGUGCGUGUUCGGGGCUAAACUCACUGGAAAAACGGAAAUAAGCAAAUGUCUCGCCUACCUUCUAAACGGAAUAGUACUGUCGCAAAGUAAUAUGAAAAGAAGAUACAUGCUCACGCACUUGGAAGACGAAAGGGAACGGUUGCGACAGAUGGCCCUGGCCGAAGGGAUGCGAAUCCUCGACGAAAAGCGGCAAGAAGCCUUGGAAGAACGCAAUGCGAUCUUAAAAAAACAGCUGGAGAAAUGGCAUGAAGCACUGAAUGAUACACUGCUGCCGUUCAUCAAGUUGCUCGAAAAGAUGGAGGCGGAUAGGAAGGCACUCGAACUAUCGCCUUUUCCGAUGCAGUACAAGCCGGACGAAGGUGAAUCGGGAGCACUGCUGGCCGAGAUGCGGAACAAAGUGGCGCAAUUGCAGAUUCCCGAACACGAGGAGGUUGAUUUUUACAUUAAAAUAGUGAACGACGAAAACAUGAAAUUGAAGUACACACCGUCGCAUCUAAAGAGACCUGGUGUGGCCAAGCCGGCGACCGUGACCGAUAAGUUCGUUAUUGCGUACGCGGAUCGAUUUAUGUCUAGGUUUAAUAUGAAUGAUUUUGAAAUAUCACAAGAAGAUGUGCAGACAAUGUUCACCAGUAGUAUUAGAGAGGCAGAGGAAUUUAACGUUUCUCAAGGCGGUAACAAGGGGGGCUGGAUAAUCGAUGACAUGCCUGCUGAUUUGGAAUUGCUGGAAGGCAUCGCCGAAGAAUACGUGCCCGAUGACGUCAUCAUCAUGAAUCCAUCCAGUUACAUGUCUGUAGAUGAAUUUAAAAAAAGACACAGCAGAGUUUUCAGACAAUACAGAGAUUUAUUUUUGGAGACGGGAAGAAUCGACGCUGCAUGGAGGUGUCCAGAAGAAGAAACUAUUCCGAUUGAAUAUGUAGUUCAGGAUAUGGUGCACGGGCUCAUUGACAAUCUUUCUGAAGAACCGGAAGAGGAUAUAUACAUGUAUGAGGAUUACAAGGCGGUUAUCGAUGAAUACAAACCAGUAAUAGAAAAACUGAGGGAGUAUUUUCUGUCUAAAAACAUACACCCUAUCGAAAUAGACUCAACAGCCAAACCGAUGAGGGACGUACUGUCAGAAGCUAUGGAACGCUUCGAGAACAAAAGCAAACCAGCUCCUAAAAUACUAACGGAAGAGGAACGCGCCGAGGAGAAGAAGAUGUUCAUGGAUCAGUUUGGAGAAACUGGCGAAGGCGAAGGUGGAGGUGGCUCAUUUAAUGACAUUCAAAACGAAAUUUUUCAGAAGAACAGGCGAUACGGCAACACCUCGUUCUACUGUCCGGUUUCUUUCAAGGAAAAUAACGUAUUAUGGCGUGGGAAAGAAGAGUUUGCGGUAAAAUUCAUUGGGAAAAUAUAUUUGAUGUCUUGCCAAAAAGACAUGGACAAGUUUAUGUACAAACCUAGGUUCUAUACUACUUUUGGGACGCACAUCACUUCUUAUCCGCCGCUAAGAGUCUGCAUAGUUGGUUUGGACUGGAUUACCAACAGUUUGGCAAACUCUUACAUCACCUCUAACUUAGGUUUGAUUCCAGUUAAUUACACUGUUUGUUUAAAGAAGGUGUUUGAGUUGUCCGAGGAUGCGGAGUUGUUGCAUUUCAUUCGACAGAGCAGUAACGUAGAUCAUCCGAUUUCCAAGUACCUGACUUUGAACGAGCCACUAGAUCACGAAGACAUUAAAAACAUUUUAGACAAAUGUUGGCAUCAGUUUCCAUUUACCGAAUGCGGAUUUGUAUUGGAGAGUUUUCCGCGGCGUACUUGUGACGUGGAAAUGAUGAUUGAACACAAAUUCAUACCUGACGUGGUGCUUUGUGUGACCGGAGAUGAGGACAAGUUACGAGAACGGUUCCGCCAAAUUUACAUAGAAAUGUAUACGAUGAAAUAUACGAAAAUGUGUACCGAUAUUGAGGAAUACAAUAAAGAAGUUUUGGAUGCGUGGCGUGCGGCGAGAGAUUCUAGGUUAAUCGAACUUAACGAGGCAAAAAAGGAGGAAAGAUAUUUGUCGAAACUCGAGGAUGACGAUGCUAAAAGUCAAGUUAGUUAUGACUCGGUGGGAGAACAAGAGGACUUGCUCGAAAUCGAAGCUAUAUUGGACGAGGAGUUUCCUGAACCGGAGCUACAACGCGUGCCCGAAAGCUACACAAAUCUAAUACAAGAUAUUGAAAAUAUUUACGUUGAAGACUUCAAUUUGGAAUUAACCAAUUUGUUGAACAUUAAGAGAAUGUGCCAGGAGGAGAAUAUACCUUGGAUCGAUAUACAGAUGGAUUUUGGGAAGCCGGAGAAAACGAAAAUGGCCAUAUUGAGGGCUGGUAACAAACUUGGCACUUCAAGAAAAUGUAUCUUCGACAGGGUUUACGAUGUAUCCAUGGAAACAGCUGACAAGCUUUUGCGAUGCGGUUAUGUCUUUUUGAGUAAAUUUGGUAAAACAUGUCCGGUCCAGUAUUACAAAGGAGUCAACCCGAUCCAAAUGUACUAUGUUGGAAAAACAUACGGAAAUUUGUUUCCGGUAAUACACAGAAACUACGUUUAUUUUUUAUACAAAGAACGAAGUGUGGAGUUGUUCAAAGAGAAUCCACUAUUGUACAUCAACAAUGAUUUUAACUCUCCCUUAACACCUUACAGAGUCUCCAUAAUCGGACCCGUAAAGUGCGGUAAAACUACUUUGUCCGAACGUUUAACCAACAACUUCUGCUUUAAAUACGUAACGAGAGGACGCUCGAUUAGAUACGUUUUAGAAACGAUGCCCUAUUGCGAACUGGCCAAAAGCAUGGAAAGACUCCUACGCAAAGGGGAGGAACUGACGGACGAGAUGGUGAUGCAAUCGGUGGCGGCUCUUUGCAUAAGCAAGAAAAGCGUGUCGCAGGGCAUGGUCUUCGAUGGUUUUCCCAACUACAUUAAGGAAGUGGAACAACUAGCAUACUUAGGAAUCGUGCCCCAUUUGAUACUUGAUCUUCAAGCAUCUGAAGUAAAGAUCAUGGAAUGUUUGCAUUCGGAGACGUCCGUUGCUCCGUUAUACAGCGAUCGAUUUAUCAUGAGGAUUUACAGAGAAUGUUCCAAGUUCACGCAGGACUUCCGCGAUUGGUUGGACAGGGAGUACCAGAACAGAGCCAAGCUGUCGACGCAUAACUUGUGGCGGCUGUGGCAAGACGCUUAUGCCUUGGUGACCGCCGUCACUUCAGAAAUAAAACAUUAUUACAAGCACGCCAACGACGACUGGCCUUUAAGGGUCUCCAACAUGCUGGUUACACCCAUAGAGUUCUUGGAGCGACAGAGCAAAUAUAAAGAUUAUUGUCCAGUUUGCAUUUCCAGAAACGAAUUGUGCACCAGCGGGUUUCCGCCUGACAGAACAGGGUUGGUGCAAUACAAGAGCCAUUAUUACUGGUUAUGUCAGAAAGAUAUAGAGACAUUUUUGAAGUGUCCGGAGUGCUUUUUUGCACCCUACAAUCCGUAUCGCCUACCGGUCGACUUACCAGAACGCAUCGCCAUCAUGGAGGUACCCGAUAACGUUUUUAGUAAGGGUAAUUGCGUAGUGUGUCCCGGAGUGGUGCACGGUUGCAUCAUCCUCGCCGUCUCCUACAAGGAUCGCGUCUACCUUUUCGACAAGGUGGAGUGCAUGGAACAGUUCAUGAGGAAGCCAUUUGACUUUGGGUUUAGGGAGAAAGUCAAGGAAGACCAGGGAUUCCCUGCAUUAAAUUACGAGGACCUUCCGGUGUUAGGGAUGCUGGAGCAGUAUGUGGCGAAAGAUUUAGUUAAGGCGGUGUGCCACUUGACCAAACUAAGACCGGUCGUGCCCGGACUGUCCAUCCAACAAUCGGCGGCAAUUUGUAUGGGGGUAUUUUUGAAGUACGAACUCGGCUUAGAUUCGGAUGCUUGUAAACAGCUUUGCCUUCCGGGUUAUACAAAAUUUUACGAUAGAGUGAAGAAGUUGGAGCGUAAUGUGAAGAAAUUGAAGACCAUCAUUAAUCCGUAUUUAUAUUACGAUGAAAUUUUACCGAAGUACGAAUCACCAGUGUCUAGCGUUACCGUUACUUCUUCAUCAAGCUCUAUCACUACUAUAGUUGGGGACAUUUUAAAUCAGAUCGUCUCUGAUCUCAAGUCAGAAGUGAACGACGAUCAGUAUAGCAGAUCGGAAUUUUAGAUCUUAUAUUAAUUAAGGCUGUUGUAUUAAAAUAUUAUUAUCGAUUA